UUGUCCUCAGGCAGAGAAUCAGUGACGGUAGAGAGAGAGAGAACAACAGAAGGGUGGCCAUGAAGCUGUUUCCUGUUCAUCCUGUAAUUUGGUCCAGUUUGUUUGUUUUGUGGCUCCCACAGAGCGAGACUGAGGGCCACACUUCAAAUGUCUGUCAGGAGAAUAUGGAUGAUGGGCUGGCAAUGGUUCGCAUACAGAAUUCAACAGGGUGGGAUUCUUACGAGGACCUCACAGAUCUGAAGGAGAAUUUUAUCUGCCUCCUCUACCCGACAAACGAGCUCAACUGCUCCUGGUCAUUCCACAAGUUAGAGGCGGAUACUCAGCUUUCUGUUAAUGUCAGAGUUUGUGAUGAUGACAUCCUGGUUGCGUCUCUAAUCCGCACGUCUGCAGAAAGGGUUGGAUCAGCGUCUUUGACUCUCAGCGAGUAUCUGGCAGACGUUAUCCUCCAUUUCAACAUGUCGCAGCAGAACGGGUGGACGUCUUACACCUCCGUGUAUGACACAGACAUGCUAGAGCUCCUUUCUCCACCUCCAAACAUCGCUGCAUCAGUCAAAGAUGGAGCCCUGAUUGUAACGUGGGAUCUGCCACACACCAGAGAAGACACUAACCCUCAUUGUUUUGAGUACCAGCUGGACAUAGGUGAUCAGGAACAACCAAAGUACUUGAGAGCUCAGCAGUCCUACAUAAAGCCGACUGUAGAUCCCACGAUCACCUAUAGAGUCAGGAUGAGGACACGAAUAACAGACACCUGCUUUGGAUCAUCUCAGUGGAGUGAAUGGAGCGAUACUGUCAACGUCAUCCUGCACAAUGAUUCAACUGAUGGCUGAUGAGCCAGCCUCAGUUACUGGUCGACUAGUUUGUGUCUGGAAGGCUCAA